GAACAACACAACUACAUCACUAGCCUACAAGGUAAUUCACUUGUGUUUUUCCUUCAAUCGGCAGUGGAUGUAUCCAAUUGUUGUUAUACCUAAUUUUUUAAAUUUUGCGUAACUAUAGGCUCUAACAAACAAACAUGAAGAGUGUUAGUCUAGGAACAGUGUUGUGUAUAUUAGUGCUCGGCGUACAUUCUGCGUCCCUGGACUUCCCAAGGUUUCCAACUAGGGAUGGCUACAGAGUGAUCGUAGGUCAUACAAACCCGAUAGGUGAUGACGUCACAGACGACGAUCCCGUGGUACCAAUCAAGAUGACGCACAUGCGCGUGCGCUCCGAGAUCGCUCUGCGCUACGCUCGUACGGCCGUCAUAUGCAAAGUAUACAACCCCAACAAGCGACCGCAGGAAGCCAGCUUUAAUGUAUUGCUACCUGAAACAGCCUUCAUCAGCGGAUUUACGAUGACUAUCGGUAAAGAAAACUACGAAGCGUAUGUAAAAGAGAAAGAAGACGCUAAGAAAAUUUAUCAAGACGCGGUUGCACAAGGAAAUUCCGCGGCACACGUGGAUGCUAAAGCUCGCGACUCGAACCACUUCACGAUAAAAUACAACGUGGAAGGCAAUUGCAACGCGACGUACGUCUUGAGAUAUGAAGAGUUGUUGGGUCGUCAACGCGGCGUGUACAAUCAUGUUAUAAACCUACUGCCUGGGGCGUUUGUGCCCAAUAUGGACGUAGUUGUGCAUAUCAAGGAAUCGCAGAGGAUCACUGAACUUAGGGUGCCUGAGUUGAGAACUGGAAAUGAAAUAGACGCGACAGAGAAAGAUCCACAAAAUUUGAAAGCUGUUAUUAGAAGAGGCGCUAACGUGCGAGAAGCUACUAUAACCUUCACUCCUGAUCUAGUAGAACAGAAAAGACUGGCUGAAAUAUAUGCGGAAAAAAGUAAACAAUCAGCCGAUCCAGAUUCCGACGACAUUGGUUACGAUAGCCAAGAAGAAGAAGAUGUAAAUAAAAAAGAUGGUCUUCUGGGUCAAUUUGCAGUACAAUAUGAUGUGGAUCAGCCAAAGAAUGGAGAAAUAUUGGUUAACGACGGUUAUUUUGUCCAUUUCUUCGCCCCGAGCUCCUUACCGCCUCUUAGCAAACACGUCGUAUUUGUCCUGGAUACGUCAAUCUCUAUGGCAGGGAACAAGAUAGCACAACUAAUAACAGCUAUUAAGGCUAUUCUCUCCGAUCUCAACCCGAAGGAUUACUUCAACAUCAUUGAAUUCAAUACUUAUGUUACAGUUCACGAUUUGAAGAUGGUGGAUAAUAAUCAUAACAAUAACAAAGAAGUUCCACCUGCACUAGCUUCGCCCGACAAUAUAGCUGCAGCAAAAAGUAUAGUAUCCAGAUUUACUGCUACCGGAGCUACUAACAUCUAUGAAGCUCUUGAUGAAGCCAUAAAAAUUGUGAAAAUGGGAGUGCAAUCACCAAAUAAAACAGAAUCUACAAAUGACACGAUAUCAGAGUCCAGAGAAAAUGAUGUGGAGCCCAUUAUAAUUUUUUUAACGGACGGUGAGCCCACCGCCGGUGAUAUUAUAGACACUGACACUAUCACAAAUUACAUCUCGGAAAAAAAUACAGGCGACAAGCAAGCACCGCUGUUCUCACUUGCGUUUGGCGAUGACGCGGACCGGCCUUUCCUGCGCAAGCUCUCUCUCCGCAACGAUGGCUUCAUGAGACAAAUCUACGAGGCAGCAGAUGCAGCGCUCCAACUACGCCAAUUCUACGAACGAGUGUCCUCGCCGAUCCUCUCGAAUGUGAAGUUCGUCUACCCUCGACGACAGAUAAAAGAAGGAUCGUUAAGUCGUAGUCAGUUUCGUACUAUUAACAAAGGUUCAGAAGUUGCUGUAGUUGGAAGGAUCUCAGAAAACGCCAAAGAAAUCACACCGCAAGUGUACGGUAUAAGAAGUGAUGGAGAGGGUCGUAGAAUACGUUACGAGGUCAAUCCUACAGUGCCAGUAAACUGUGCAAAAGACCAAUUCCUGCCGUUAGAACGUCUCUGGGCGUAUCUGACUAUUAAGCAACUGCUGGACAAACGUGACGCGGACGAUGAUGACGUCAGUGAUGACGUCGGCACGGAGGACAGUCCAGACAGUCCUAAGCAGAGAGCUCUUGCUAUAGCUUUGAAGUAUUCGUUUGUAACACCUCUGACGUCACUAGUGGUAGUCAGACUAAACAAAACCAACGCAGAAGAUCUUCUGGAUGCCGAAUCAGUUGAUGACGUCAUUAGCAAACAACAGCUUUUCCCGGUAGAGGUGAGAAGUGGCUCAGACUUGACUUCAAGAACCUACACAGCCUUCAGUUCUGGAACGGGACUGAGCCUCACUUCAAAUGAUGGACCAGUGCUGUUUGCUCAAUCAACUAAACGUUUUACCAGUUAUGGCGGGAGCGCUGGCGGUGAUUCAAGUGGAGGCCUUAAUACCCAUAUUAUGAGUCGUUUUCCAGAUGAUGAAAAUACAGUACAAGUAUGGGGAAUAGUCAGUCCUAGCACUGAAGCGAGCGAUGGAGAGGAUUCGUAUCACCUUCAAGAUUUUGCAUGGACGUCUUCGCUAUUAGCAUGGGACACUGAUGGUCUUGCUAUUGGAUUGGGAUUGGAAAAUGAAACUAGCAUAUCCCUUAAACUCACACAGGAUAUUAAGCCACCACAAGCUGCCGGAGGAGACGUCGAAUGCUUCAACAGCACAUCGAAUGCAGCAGCCGCGGACGAGCGCGCCAGCGUCUGCGUAUACAUCACGCGGUGCUUCGCCGCGAGAAACAUCACUGUUGAUGAUUAUCAAAAGAGCUAUUGCAUCAUAAACGACAGGUACGCGGGUGUUUGCUGUCCAAUAACUGAAGUACACCAAUGAAAUUACCUAAUUUAAUUAUUCUUAAGCAAUUAUGAUUAUCUAUUGGAGUAAAACUUCUUUGCGCACGCUUGACUAAGGGAGUUAGAGCUACUGAAUGCGUUACAAAAGGUGUAAUCGGGCGAGGCGAACGGACUUUGAGAGGCAGAGCUAAUGAAGUUUUACUUCAGUCGUAUGGUCUGAAGAAGACUCGUUUUUAACCGACUUCCAAAAAGGAGGAGGUUCUAUGUUCGGCUGUAUGUAUGUGUUUUUUAUAUAUGUCCAGCGAUAAUUCCUUUUUUGCUUUUUAGUUUAGGUUAAUUUUAGAGAAUUGGAAGUCGGUUGCAUUUUUUUUAUUGAAAUUUUUAUUUAGUUUAAACUAUGUUAUAAGUCAGUAAUUUUUAUAAUUAAGUACGUACCUAAAUAAAACAAUGAACAUUU